GGCCCCAAGACAUGCUCAGAUGGCCUCCGUAGCCAUUGGGGCUCAAGCCGUUUCGGCUUUCCCGGGUCCGCAGCGUGUUCAUCAUUUUCAGGGGCGUCCUUCCCAGUUGCGGUAGCUGCCAGGCGGCAAAAUCGCAAUGAUAAUGAUGUUCACAUAUUCUGUUCUUUUCAUCCAAGGCGCGUGCACCACUACACCCAACUGGGGCCCUGGCUUCAUACCCUCGCAGCUCGACAAUAUGAAUGGACAUUACCCGUUCUCGGCCACGCCUGGAGGAAAGUCGAACAUGCUCCCAGAGCGUUACAGGGACUACCCUGGAGGCGUUGAGUGUUUUGAUGUUUACUCACCUCCAAUGACGACGCUUUACUCACAGGUGUGGUGGAAGCCAUUGCCACCUGUUGACCUGCCCGCAGACAUCAUCAAGAAAUACAGCGGAAAAGGGAUGGCCAUCGUGGGUUGGGAGAUCGACCAGGUGCGGCGAACUGCAAAUGGUGACGUCUCGGUGCCCAUCUCUGCAUCUUACAACCACCAUUACGGUUCCACGAUCAUAGGAGCUGGAGUUCGUUUUCGCAAGGUCGUGCUCGAUGGCCCCAACGACCCUCACCUGAAGGACACCGCAAAACACGAGGCUGGUUGCGGCAAACUGCCGUGGGACCAACCGCGAUACAUCGUCGAAGGACCGGAGCUGUCCCCUCGGGGGCUUCCCACCAGGCAGGGGAUCCAGAGCGGCAACGGUGGCGAGUACCGCAAGACUUACCACGGCUUCGCGCCAGGACACGCUGUGGUCGUGGAUUCCCCCACGUCCAUCCAGAUUACUCCGAUGCAGAUCGACACUUGGAAUCGGGACGAGAUGAAUAUCUCUGGCCCGUUGCCUCCGAAAUUCGUGCCUGGGCCAGAGCCGCGUGCGUCACUGGCGCCGCGGGAUGGCGCAAUGCACAGUGGUCUUCUCGAGUGUCCCAUGACAACCCGCCUUGCCAAGGUGGUCGACACAGCAACGUACGUUACUGUCAGCGAGGGCAUGUGCGAGGAGCCCAUCGCAACUUUUCAGGAGUGCUUUCAGGCGGCAGCCGUCCUGCUUGGCGCGAACACUGUUCACUGGAACGAGACGGGCAAAGACUCGAGCAGACCAGCCGGCUGCUCUGCAAUCAAUGCGGGGGGAACCGGUGUUGGCGUGUUCUUCAACGACGUCGCAUUGGCUGCGGCAUGUUCGGCGGAGGCACGCUGCGUGUGCCCCAGGGACCCCACGCCGUUCGGGCAGGCUAGAGGGGCCUUGCUGUACCAGCCCACGAAUCAGUCUGCCGACGUGGGUGCCGGGAAGGCUGCGUACUUUGACCGGAAGUGCGCGGCGUGGCCUGCGACCAAUCUUCUCGACCAGAAGAAUCCGACUUGCGAUAUUCGCUAUUACCGCGGCGGGCAAUGGGCAUGUAAUCACAUGUGGUCGCUUCUCGAUGCUGACCAAGAGAUACCUUGGACAGACCGCCCGCUUACCUUCCAUCACAAGUACCGCUUCUGGGUGCAGCCAUACAGAGCGCAGUACCACGCGCGCCUGAGUCUGGGGGAGUCGGUCGGCUCCGCGCUGCUGGUAGGAUCGCCGUGGGAGUACGAUGUCCCGAAGUGUGCCAAGGGUAUCCCUGGAUGCGAGCUGGUUGAUGGAACAUGGAUCCACACGAUCAGCGGCAGCAUGAUGGGUAGACACGUCUUUGUCACUCUCAAUAACCACUGCCACGCGCCAACUUGUUUGUCCACGUCGGUGUACGCUUGUUCCAGAGGUACUGCCCUGAGCGACUGUAACUCCAGCACCGGUAAGCUUGUCUGCGAGACGCGGCCCAUCUACGGAGGCACGGGCCAUCCAGACAUCUCUGGCACCCGAUUCGACGAGCCUGGUUACAUUGCAAUCCCUGAUUGCAUGUGGGGCUCCUCGGAGUACGGCUUGGAGGCGCCGCCAGACCUGGACGGCGUUCCGCUGCACGUGGUCAAGCGAGCGAACGCCACAGACGGGCACUAUGGCGAGAUGUCGGGCGGGCAGCCCUGGGUGCUGCUGCACGAGCGCGCAGAAGUUUUGGUGUAGGUGUCCGCCGUCCGAGCCGGGGCCCGCUGGCGCCAUGCAGAAA